AUGAAAAUAGGUGAAGUAACCUGUAGAUUGUUAUUAAGUACCUUGAUAGGUACUUAAUAACAAGAUUAAUCAACACAACCUAAUUAAUUAUUAAAUUCCUCCUAAUGGAAGUUAUUGUUAUGUGUAAGGAACUCAAUCUGCUUACUGAAGAAUUACUAAUAUUGGUUGAUCCAGAGAGCAAGAGAUAGCAGAAAUGACAGAAUCGCUAAUGUAGGAAUGAAGGACAAAUCUAAAAGAUAUAAGUCGACCUUGGAAAGUUAAAUUAGAUUAGAUAAUAAAUCUGUUUAUAGGAGUUAGGAAAAAAAAUACUAUUUGAUAGAAACUGAUAUAUCUAAAAUAUUUAUAAACUGA